AAGUUGAUUGAAUUUUGAUUUGACAUCUUAGUUUUCGGUUUUGUGCACGUGUACAGCAGAGUUUUUCGAGUUAACUACUUUCAAGCUCGAUUUUUAACUUUAAAAAAAACAUGGCAACUGAAAAUGAACAAGGAGAUUGUCCUGACGAUCUUGAAUCUGUCGAAGAAGAGGAAGUUGAUGGCUCCAAACAACUAGACUUUCCUAACGUUUAUGCUGCCCUUCAAAGUCAGAGGAAUGCUGCGAUGCUUGCACUCUUACCUACCUCAGUGAAGAGAAGAAUUAAGGCUCUAAAGAGAAUCCAAUUGGAGGCAACUAAUAUUGAAGCUAAAUUUUUCAAAGAGGUACAUAAUCUAGAAUGUAAAUACCACAAGUUGUACCAGCCUCUUUACGAGAAAAGAAAUACCAUUGUGAGCGGCCAAUACGAACCUACCGAUGAAGAAUCUCAGUGGUCAUCUGAUGAUGAGUCCGAUCUUCCAGAAGCCAUUAAAGAAAAAAUUAAUUUAGAUGAUUCUAAAAAAGAAACAGAACCUAAAGACGAAAAGGGUGUUCCUGAUUUCUGGCUUACAAUCUUCAGGAAUGUCAGCCUACUGUCUGAAAUGGUUCAACCUCACGAUGUUCCAAUACUCAAACAUUUGACUGAUAUCAAGAUUAUCUGCAAAGAGGAUCCAAUGAAAUUCAUUCUUGAAUUCCACUUCUCCACCAAUGAAUACUUCACUAAUAACGUGCUCACGAAGGAAUAUGAUAUGAAAUGCGCGCCAGAAGAUGAUGACCCAUUCAGCUUCGAAGGCCCCGAAAUAUUUAAGUGUGCUGGCUGCAUAAUAAAUUGGAACAAGGGCAAAAACGUUACUGUCAAAACCGUUAAGAAGAAACAGAAGCAUAAGAGCAGAGGCGUGAUACGCACAAUUACCAAAACUGUCCAAAAUGAUUCGUUCUUUAAUUUCUUCAGCCCGCCAACAAUUCCAGAUGAUGCAAAGGAGGAAGAAGUAGAUGAAGACUUAAGAAAUUUGCUUACCACCGAUUUUGAAAUCGGUCAUUAUAUUAGAGAAAGGAUCGUUCCUCGAGCCGUUCUUUUCUUCACAGGAGAGGCGUGUGAAGACGAGGAUGAUUUCGAAGAAGAGGAGGAAGAAGACGACGAGGAAGAUGAUGGGGAUUCAGAUGAUAAAGAGGUUGCAACAAAGGUUAACAAAGAUCAGAAUUGUAAACAGCAAUAAGAUAUUCACCGCUGUGGCUUUAAAUUCAAUGUUAUCAUCAAUCUUAACUUGGCUUUUUGAUAUAAAUUAUUAGUUUCUUUCUACGUUAUGUAAAAAAUUGUUAACAGUUUUAAUUAUAGAAUCAUGUUGAAGUGGCAGUUUUUGUAGCGUACCCAAAUCUGUUAUAUUUCCAAAAUUUGUUUUGUAAGGAGUAUGUAAGUAAAUCAUUUCGUACU